UCUUCGCCUCUAAAAGUUUUGACAGCUGAAAAGUAAAAUUUCCAAUUUAUGGACACAGUUUUUCACAAAAAUAACCACGAAAUCUGUCCCAAAAUGGAGUGAAUUUACGUGUAAAAGUAGGGGUACUUAUCAGUGCGUAGAUUGAAAGUGGAAUCAGACCGUUCGAGACGUCAUCUGGACCGUACGAAGCAAUUCAAGUUUAGGGACAACACCAGCCACAGUAUCGUAUAGUUUUGAAACCGGUGACAUUCCUUCUCAAUCGGCCGUUUAAGUAGAAGAUCUUGGUCAUGUCAUGUCAGCAGCCGGCCUCUCGGGUUCAAGAAGAUCCGUAUGCCUUCACAGAGCCUGCGCCGCUACAAGCCAACACAUCGCUUUACAAGCAUAGUGGAGGUAUCGGAAGUAGUUCGGCAGCAGUUGCAGAUUCAACUGUAACGGGCCCUAUCAUACAGGCUGGAACAAGUCUUUUAGCCAGUAGUAACAACGUAGCGACAACCACCUCUUUAAAUCAUGCCGUUCAGCAUCGGUUGUCGGUUUCUGCGGCUAAAACGGUCAAUACACCUAUUAAGGUCACACUGGUUCAAUCACCCUCAACCUCAGCUGUUAUGACGAAAUCUCGUUUGAACGGAAGUGCUGCCCUCAAUACACCAACGGCUGUCCAUCCGGUGGGAACGGUAUUCCGCACUGUGUCGGUUCCGCAACCAACAACGAUAGUUCAUAGAUCUGUAGAACAAUCUUCUGUCAGUGCGGCGACUGGUCCUACUCUAUCUCCAACAGUAUUCACAAAACCCUUGCAGGUCCAAGUAUCACCCCAACAGAGCGGAAAAUUUUCUCGCCGAGUUCUGGCUAGUAAAUCGCCCAAUGUUUCCCCAACAAUUCAAACAGUACGAAUAGUGAAAAGUGCUAGCCCACAGCAACCGCCAGGGGGUAGACCUAGCAUAACACCGGAUGCCCGAAGAUAUCUCAAUCAUUCCAGCAACAGUAUCAGUCUACAGGGUUCUACCCCAACAACUGCUGCUCCAGUGGCUCCAGCAUUGCAUUCAACGUCGCCAACGAAAAUUCGACUCAUUCAACCGCAAGCACAAGGCAAAAUCUUUCUACACACCCCAAACAGCAGUAACAGUUUGGCUGCAGCAACUCAUAUCUCAAAUCCGGCCAGCAUCGCAGCCCUAAGGAACACUUUAGCUAGACAAAAUCCUUCUCUACUGAACAAAAUUCCGGCCGUACCUGCACCUCACGGUCAACCACAAACAACAACACCACCACAACCGCAAGGUAAUCGUAACACAGUUCUUCCAAUGGCGGCGGAUAAAUCAAGCAUUUCAAUGGCAUCGAUCAACAUCCGCCGAACGUCACCACCGAUUAUAACAACAAGCCAAUCGAGUCUCGAAGUCACGAAUUCAAUAACGAACGCCACUACUACCAUAGCCACUUCGGUAACUCCUGGAUCGCAACUGGUAACUGCUGCGUCAACAUCAAUAGCUGUGGCCUCAGUAACUACGCCAUCCCCACAGGUUAUUCCCCAACAACGUAGUAAAACUCCUAUAGGAUCUUCAAUUCUCAAACCACAACUACAAAACACCUCAACACCGCCACCACCAGCAGCUUCUACUUCAACACACACUACCACGGAUCAAGAGGACAUUGGUUUUACCAUCCCUUCCUUCAUUAUACCCAAACAGGAUCCUAAAUUGGCAGUAAAUGUAAAUCCGUCCCCACAAUUGCUCAAUACAUCGACCUCCCCUUUCCAGUCUACAAUUGAGUCCCUUCAAUCCAAUGCAACACCUAGCACGCACAUGCCAACACCCAAAUCUCAAGGAAAAAAAUUUGGCGGAACCGUUAGUGGCGGUUCUACAACACCACUGGUGUCCCAUCAAGCUACACCGAAACGAACAAAGCGAUCCUAUAGUCGUUCAUCUCAUCACGAAACUCUGGAACGGAUAGCCCUCAAGGAAGAUGAGCUAUCCCAUCCGCAUCAGCGACCGACACAACCCAUCAAACAAACAACGAUGCCCAAAUUUACUAAAUGGAAGCCACCAGGAGCUGUCGCUGUUCCUUUAAAUCGCGAAUGGCACGCCCCCGACACCUAUAUGUUUGAUGUCUGCGAAACCGGCUUUCGGGCAAUGGACGAAGAAACGCUUAAUCAAUCACGUUGUACGCAAGAGUAUUGGUUUCAAGAAAUCUACAAUAGCUCGCCAGAUAUGGACUCAGCCGAGAGUGAUCCACCCGGCGGAAGUUCGUAUAACAGUCUGCAGGGUAAACCUCGCAGGGGACGCAAACCGAUGGGUAAACAACAACCGCCCGAUCUGAUGCUGAAUAACGAUUCCACUUGUUUGGCCAUGAAUCAGGACCCGCCAAAACUACUCACGCGAGAUGAGAGAUUGGAAUUGAAGCGGGCCUACCUUCGACGAAAGGCAGUGCAGUACUGGAACGGACAGAAACUACGAAGCGACAUGGACGUGCGAAAACAUGUCAAAACAGUUGAGAAAAUGCUGCUGAAACUGGAACGACAAAGAGAUGUUCUGAAGAAAAAUACUGGCACGCAGCAAACAAAGUGUCAACGACCCGGUUGUCCACAGGUGGCCGUCCUUUCAACAACCCACUGCUAUCAGCACAUAACCGAUAACAACGAACAGCGGCUUUUCCAACAAUGCACGGCUAAAUUUUCCGAUAAUAGCCAAUGUCGUAAGCCGGUCUUCGAUGUACGGCACGAGCUGAUCCUUUGUCGGGAGCAUGCCUGGAAGCAUGACAAUCACGACAAAAUGUCAGCCGAGGUGAAGAUGCUUAAGAAACCAUUUGGUGGAAGUGCGGCUAGUAAAAAGAAACCUCCCAAGGUUGUCACUCCGAAAACGACGACGGUCAGUCCAGCGGCAGUGUCUUCAGCCACAUCCAACAAAAAAAAAAGUAAAAAGAAAAAACUGACACCUUUUCAACAGCAGAUGGCCCUGCACCAACAGCAGUACAAGCAGCAGUAUUCUAGCAUCAAUCAUUCGAAAACUACCCUACCUCCACCGCCCUAUGGCGUUACGCAAACUGUUCACCAAAAACAGUCAACACAACACCACGCGUUACGACAUCAGCAACAGCAGCCUUCACCAUCCCAGAUCAAGUAUCAUCCGAAGGUUUCAGUUUCACCCCAAGCGACGGCCAUCAACCGAAACGUCCACAUUCCGUUGAAUCAGCACCGACAAUUGGGGACUGGGACCUUUGAGCACCACUUUAACACGCAACAACACACAAUAGGACGGCGCGAUGAUCUGCUACUGAACCAGCAGCACCAGAUUUCACCGGCGCCGGUGAUGAAUCUCCAUCACCAACAAUUGACACAACAGACCCAGCACUUUAGCCAGCAACAAGUCCAUCAAUUGCUUAACAGUGCCACCACCCAGGAUCUGCUCAACAUUUGCGAGAACAGUUCGGCCUAUGCCAGUUCGGAAGACACUGGAGUGGGCGGAUUGUCCGAGUCGGAAUUGAUGGCUACCCAGGAUGUGAUCGAGGAAAUUCCCUUCGAAAUUCAGAAUCUGAACAACGUGCUUAGUCAACUGCCACCGGAUGCAUUUAACGAGCUCCUAUUCAGUGAGCAAGAGCAAAACGGUCCCACCUUCGAGUCCACGCAAGAAGAGGAGGAAGAUUUGGAACGCGCGCUGGAAGUGGUUGGCGAGCACGUUAAAUCCCUCGAGGACAUGACGGUGGAAUCGGCCAACUUUUUGGGGGACUUUCUGGACAAUGUUGACGACGAAAUGCUGGACGGAUCGGACAUCUGCUCCGAUCAGAUGCUGCAAUCCCCCAGCGCCGGCAACGAUAUACGAGGAUUAGUUCACACGUAAGUUGGAACGGUUGCAGGGUGGUACGUGUGGCGGGUGAGAGUGUGCAUUGCGUGAACGAGAAUAAGUAAGUUAACGGAACAAAGUAUGUAAGAAGCUGUCUAUUAUUCCUACUUAGAAAUCGGUCGAAUUUGUUAAGAUUCUCGUCUUGCUUGUCUUGUAAGAAUAUGGUGAACAAAGUUUUAGAGUAAAUCGUAGAAUAUCUCAAUACAGUGGAAGAAAUGUGGAUACUGUAACGUGUUAAUUUCAAUGUGGACUAAAACUGCGUCAUAUGGAAGUAUCGGAAUACAAAAAAAAGUUGAUUAUUGGGAUGCCUACCCACGGUUGAACUGCCCUAAAUGUAUUAAUAAUCUAUUAUAUUGGGUAAACAUCUUCCGUGUGGUGCAUGUGAAAACUUUCGGUCGAUAUUGUUGUAUGAUUGCUACGUGAACGAGAAACUUCAACAGUUCGUAAAGCUUCAGGCUUUAAUUUUUGACGCGCAGUUGUCGAGGGAUAAAAAUACAGUAAAAAAAGGACUAUAUUCGAUAACUAAUACGCUUCUUUACAUACAAACAAAAAUAUCUACAAUAUAAAUUCUGUGAAUUUAUGUUAAUUUUCGCUUCACUUAUAUAUGAAUAAAAAAAACUUUGGUAUAAUUUGCAGGUUAACUACUAAACUGUAGAAUUUUAAGUUUGUACUCACGCGUUCUAGCAGUUAAUUUCCUUUUUAGUAAUUUUAAGUUCUAUAAAUUACGAACUAACAGAAACUUAUCGGAGCGAAAAGAAACAAAUAGAUAUGUAGCAGAUGUAAGCGCAGGAAGGUGAAAGAUGUAAAAAAAAAUACAUUCACAUACACUCGUGUAAACAUUAGAGAACAACACCCGGCGGCAGAGCUAAAGGCCCCAAAGCAGCUUGUCCCGGACUUGCUGGACAGGUGGAAGGACUAGUGUAUCAAUCUACAUUUAUGGAACUAUUAAAAACAGUUUUUUUCUCGUGUUCAGUGUAGAGUAGCACUGUUCAGUCAGACA